UAGGAUCCUCCUUUCCCUUCUCCACAAAUAGAAAAAUUAACCUCUUGACAAAGGAGUUGGAAGACUUGAGUCCCUGCUGUGUGUCCCGGAACCAAUCCCCCAGCCUCAGGUUCCCCGGCUGUGAAAUGAGAAGGUGUCCUCUGUUGACAGGGAGGUGGCCCCACCUGCCAGUCUGUGAUUGCCACAGAGACAAGCCAGCCGAGAGGUGUCACCCUGGACGAAGGUCGGUUCGUGCCCUCGUGAGGCUGGCAUGCAGGAUGGCAGGACAGCCCGGCCACAUGCCCCAUGGAGGGAGUUCCAACAACCUCUGCCACACCCUGGGGCCUGUGCAUCCUCCUGACCCACAGAGGCAUCCCAACACGCUGUCUUUUCGCUGCUCGCUGGCGGACUUCCAGAUCGAAAAGAAGAUAGGCCGAGGACAGUUCAGCGAGGUGUACAAGGCCACCUGCCUGCUGGACAGGAAGACGGUGGCUCUGAAGAAGGUGCAGAUCUUUGAGAUGAUGGAUGCCAAGGCGAGGCAGGACUGCGUCAAGGAGAUCGGCCUCUUGAAGCAACUGAACCACCCAAAUAUCAUCAAGUAUUUGGACUCGUUUAUCGAAGACAACGAGCUGAACAUUGUGCUGGAGUUGGCUGACGCAGGGGACCUCUCGCAGAUGAUCAAGUACUUUAAGAAGCAGAAGCGGCUCAUCCCGGAGAGGACAGUGUGGAAGUACUUCGUGCAGCUGUGCAGCGCCGUGGAGCACAUGCAUUCACGCCGGGUGAUGCACCGAGACAUCAAGCCUGCCAACGUGUUCAUCACAGCCACGGGCGUCGUGAAGCUCGGUGACCUUGGUCUGGGCCGCUUCUUCAGCUCUGAGACCACCGCAGCCCACUCCCUAGUGGGGACGCCCUACUACAUGUCACCGGAGAGGAUCCAUGAGAACGGCUACAACUUCAAGUCCGACAUCUGGUCCCUGGGCUGUCUGCUGUACGAGAUGGCAGCCCUCCAGAGCCCCUUCUAUGGAGAUAAGAUGAAUCUCUUCUCCCUGUGCCAGAAGAUCGAGCAGUGUGACUACCCCCCGCUCCCCGGGGAGCACUACUCCGAGAAGUUACGGGAACUGGUCAGCAUGUGCAUCUACCCUGACCCCGACCAGAGACCUGACAUCGGAUACGUGCACCAGGUAGCCAAGCAGAUGCACGUCUGGAUGUCCAGCACCUGAGCGUGGAUGCACCGUGCCUUAUCAAAGCCAGCACCACUUUGCCUUACUUGAGUCUUCUUCUCUUCGAGUGGCCACCUGGUAGCCUAGAACAGCUAAGACCACAGGGUUCAGCAGGUUCCCCAAAAGGCUGCCCAGCCUUACAGCAAAUGCUGAAGGCAGAGCAGCUGAGGGAGGGGCACUGGCCACAUGUCACUGAUGGUCAAAUUCCAAAGUCCUUUCUUUAUACUGUUGUGGACAAUCUCAGCUGGGUCAAUAAGGGCAGGUGGUUCAGCGAGCCACGGCAGCCCCCUGUAUCUGGAUUGUAAUGUGAAUCUUUAGGGUAAUUCCUCCAGUGACCUGUCAAGGUUUAUGCUAACAGGAGACUUGCAGGAGACCGUGUGAUUUGUGUAGUGAGCCUUUGAAAAUGGUUAGUACCGAGUUCAGUGUAGUUCUUAGUAUCUUUUCAAUCAAGCUGUGUGCUUAAUUUACUCUGUUGUAAAGGGAUAAAGUGGAAAUCAUUUUUUUCCGUGGAGUGGUGAUUCUGCUAACAUUUUUAUCUACGUUUUAUAACUUGGUGAGUGACGAUGAGAGCCCUGCACCUGGCCAGAGUGUCACAGGCAAAAGGCAUCGGGAAGCAGGAGCAUCUUCUUGGCAGCCAGGCUGGGCCAUCUUCUCCUGGACACCUGCUGUGUACCAGGAACUUCGUCACCUCCUUGAAUGCUGGCGGUUCAUUUCAUGAUCAGUGUUAAGCAUUUUCCUCCAUGGGAAGGAAGCAUGGGAUAUAGAAAAGCGAAGGGCUGUCCUUUACAAAUUCUGGUUCUGCAACUUCCUAGCGUGACUUUGGGCUUGGGCAAGUUUCUUAGCCGUUCUGAGCCUUCAUUUCCUCAUCUGUACAAUGAGAUUAAUAGUACCUAUCAUCUACCUUCAGGAUUGCUGACAGAAUUUGAAAUAAAAUAUGCAAGUUAGCUAAUACAAAAAGUAGAUGAUCCAAAAAUGGUAGCCACUCACCCUUCACAAACUGAAGUCCAUGGACCACGGAAGUCGAGAAUUAAUGUACACCUGUAUCAUGUGUAGGAAACCAGAAAUGUGUUCCUUAUUUCUUGUUCCCAAACAGGAUUAACUGUGAAGACUAAUUUAUAAAUGUGAACCUAAGAAAACUCCAGCUCUGAAGGAAAUCAUUUGAAUUUUGUUUUUGUACGUAAAGUUAACCUUCCAAUUGUCUGAGCUGUCGUCACUGACUUCAUGACAGUCUGGCCCUCCAGACAAGAGCAGCGCUGGCAUCGGGCAGGUGAUUCCUGACACCUGCUGCCUGCAGGCAUUCACUGACCAGGCCUUUCCUGGAGGAAACACCCAGGGCCGGGCGGCUGCUGUUUCCACGCGUGGACUCGGAUCUGCUGUGACACCGUCAGCCCGACAGUCUCUCCAUAUGCAGCCUUUCCUCUGUACUUUUCUCCAUGGUUGAAAUAAAACAGGGUGACUGGGAGUUACUUAGAAUUCAUGAAGAUUUUAAAA